AACACGUAGCAUCACGGGCCGACUCGGUUUGCGGACUACGUUACACUUUACACAAAAACAUCGCGCUCAAAGACAACGGGGCAUCAACUUUCCCAGCGAAGACAUAAGCGAAAUUGAAUUACACAUAUUGAAAAAGAAAUGUGUAGCUCCUUGGUAGGCGUGGUUUGGUUUAAGACUCCUCCUACCCAGUGAUCCGCGCAUGAAUCGCAGCGUCGUCGCAGGCGAGUCGCGCGCGUGAAAUCAGUGUGAAGUGAGCCGUGCGGCCGGUCUGUGUCGCGCGCCUUCGCAACUUUGCCACUCCACCGCGACGAGAGUAGUUCUCUACUCUCGACACGAAUACACAAACUUUCGAGUGUUUGACUUGAGCUAAAUUUAAUAUAACUUCGUCGGACGAGCUCGUGAAGUGAGAUGAAGGAAAUCAAUGAAAACAAAUAAAUAUUUUCUUAAUUAAAACACCAGUCUUAAAGUGCAAAGCUUGUUGUGUGUUUGAAGAGGAUGUAAAUAGCAGAUGGUGAUGUUCAGAAAAGAUUACUGCAAAAGAUACCAAAUUUGGAUACUUGAUGACCAAACAAAGACAGUAAUUUCAUCGAUUCAGCAUGCGGAAUUUGCAGUCGCAGGGUCGUAGAUGGCAGCACAGGAGAACGCGCUGAGAGAUGGCGGGCGAGCAUACGCGAGGCGGCCGACCCCUCGCGCGCCUUCUCGUGUUAGCAGUUCUGCAUGUUAAUUUUAUAGCUCUAGGUCUGGAACCGGACUUCAUGUUCCCUCUUGAGAACGUGACGAUCGCCCAAGGCCGGGACGCGAUGUUCACCUGCGUCGUGAAUAACCUAGGCGGUUAUAGGGUGAGUGGCGACUCCGCCACUGCCAGGGUCGCAUGGAUAAAGGCGGAUACAAAGGCAAUUCUAGCGAUUCACGAGCAUGUGAUUACAAACAAUGCACGAUUAAGUGUCACGCAUAAUGAUUACAAUACGUGGACACUUAAUAUAAGAGGCGUUAAACGAGAAGACAGAGGACAAUAUAUGUGCCAAGUAAACACAGAUCCCAUGAAAAUGCAGACAGCAUUUCUGGAGGUGGUAAUACCACCGGACAUAAUCUAUGAAGAGACGUCGGGUGACAUGAUGGUGCCCGAAGGCGGAUCGGCUAAGCUUGUCUGCAAGGCCAGAGGCUUCCCGCCGCCGAAGAUUCUUUGGCGCAGGGAGGAUGGCGGAGACAUAAUUUCCAGAGGAGGACCACAGGGGAAGACAAAAGUGACUUCUCUGGAGGGCGACAUAGUGAACCUGACAAAAGUGACGCGUUCCGAAAUGGGCGCGUAUCUGUGCAUAGCGGCCAACGGCGUGCCGCCUUCCGUGAGCAAAAGGAUAAUGCUACACGUACAUUUUCACCCGCUGGUGCAAGUGCCAAACCAGUUGGUCGGUGCGCCGACUAGCACAGACGUCACUCUCCAGUGUCACGUCGAAGCGUCUCCUAAAGCCAUCAACUACUGGACCAGAGAGAACGGUGAAAUGAUAAUAUCAAACGACAAGUACCAGAUGAGCGAAAUCAACAGUUCGGCGUACAGCGUGCAGAUGCGGCUGAUUAUAAAGAAUAUCCACCGCAGCGACCUCGGCGGCUACAAGUGUAUCUCGAAAAACUCCAUAGGGGACGCCGAGGGCAACAUCAGGUUAUAUGAAAUGGAGUUACCCCACCACAAGUCCCGUGACGACGAUGACGUGGACUCGGUUAAGGAAGAAACAAACGACGUGCACUCCAGCCUGCAAGGCUCCCGCUGGGAAGGCGGCCUGAGAACGCAGGACGCCGGUUUCCUUGGGCGGCCGCCCCCCGGCGCAGCGACUCGAUCUACUUCGUACGCGACCUUUUUAAUAUCAACCUUAGUUUACGUCGCGUGGUAAACUUCUCCCGUAAAGCCAUGUGCAAAGUUAAGGCUGCUUGACUAAAACAAACGUACGAUAUCUCAUCAGAUUAUUGGACUUGAGAGUUUGAACAUGAUUUUCUCGUUUUUCGCUUUUAAGGUAUCCCUUUCAAUAAAGAAUCUGGGGCGUUUAAGGGUCCACUGAAUAUUUAAGGCGUUGUAUGAUCGUUUCUUUUGGAUUUUGUAUUUUUAUUUUUUAUCAAUCGUACUUUGCACGUGGCUAUUAAAUGUACAGUUAUAGUAAUAAUAAAUUAUUUAGAACUGUUGUCUAUAACGACAUUUGUACAUCAACCCACUGUUUCAUCAAGUAUGAAAUAGUAUGAUAAUGGUUUUAAAAAAUACUACGUGAUUGUGUUGUGACUGUAUGCAAUAGUAGUGACUGAUUGAUUAUAAACCUGUAAACUUUAAUGGCUGGGUUUAUUUUUCGUCAAGUAAAAUGAUCUCUUUGUUUGCUAGUACGUGUAUCAUGUUGUUAUACUCGAUAAAAUGUAAAUGCUUUUAUUUUAUACUAUGAUAAUAUAACAAUAAUGCAAUAUUCAAUAAGAAAUUUAAUGUUUCAACAUUUAUGUUUUGCAGUCAUCAACUUAGAAAAAUAUGCUUAAACUCCCAGGACUUCAGAAACUAUUAAAAUGCAUGUGUACCUAAAGGUUGUCUUAAUGAUUAUACGUGAAUACAUGUAACCAAAGCCUAGAUCUAUUUGUGUACGACAUAAAAAUAAAAACACGAUUUUAUUAAUGACUGUUAUUUUAAUAAAAGCAUAGACAGUCAUUUCAAAUAAAACCGAUAACGAAAAAUUAUAUUCAAGUCGUGAAGUUGCAGUAUGUAUUUAUAAAUGUUAAAAUGUAUGUAAAUAGCUUUGCAGGAAAAUACAGUAUUGUUUAACAAUAAAUAUAUAAUUUGCAUUAGGUUGCAUAGUAAAAUAUUUACAAUUAACAACACAAUGUCUAUAAUUAAAUUGCAUUAGUUGUAUGGAUGUAAAAUUGGCGGGCCUAUGAUGCUAAAGGUAAUUUUGUAAUUGUUAACGUUUUCAAAUUGUUGAAUUUUAUGAAUACUUAUUGUUUCAACUUGUACUCGUAGUAGUUAAGUUUACGGAUAAAAUAUUUAAAAUUUAAUACUCUCUUGUCAAAAUUAGUUUAUUUGUUUUAUACGUUGUACCUAAUCAAAACUAACAUAUUUAAACCGCCGAUCUUAGUGGCCUGAAAUGAAUGUAUGAUAUUGUCCGCAAAACCAAAUAAAAAUAUAUAACU